GUGGUUAAAACCAAAACAACAUUGGGGCUCUGUGUGUUUGCACGUUGUUGAGGCCAGCACAUUUUCCAGAAUAUAAAACCUGUCCUUAUCCUUGAAUGUCCGAUAUUGGACAAGUUUCUCUUAAAACAAGGAUAGUUUAUUUGGUGUAUAUUCGCAUUUUGAAAGCUUGGAAGGUCUGCUGAGCCGAACCAGGAGACAUGGAAGGGUCAGUUGUUCUGCAAAAUGGAAUUGAAAAUGGCGUGAACGGAUUGGAGAAGGGCCAAGAGAUGGACAUGUCGAACAACAACAAACUUACCAACAAUGAACUAAUCCCUUCUGAGUCUCCUGUUCAGGCCAGAGUGACUCGCAAAGCCAAGAGAAGAGUGAAGCAUAGUCCGCAAAAGGAUGCAGUGGCAAGUGUUGGCCUAGACAGCCUUGUGAAGGAGAAAAACUGUAGAAAAUCACGAAGUGGUAGAGGUCGUGGCCUACCAAAGAAAGGAGGUGCGGGAGGCAAAGGAACGUGGGGAAAAGAGUGCGAUGUUUACGAAGAGAAUGACGCAGACUGCCAAGAUUCCAAUGAUCCUAACUACGAUUCCGACGCUCAGCCUGGAUACAGACUAAAGGCAAUUAUUCCCACCCUGACUGAAGAUGAAUUUGAAGUAACUGUCACUCCAAUUAUGCAAGAGUACUUUGAGCAUGGUGACACUGAAGAAGUUAUUGCUUGCCUUGAAGAACUGAACAUCAACGAUAACCACCACAACGUUCCUGCUCUGGCUGUCACACUUGCACUGGAGAAAAAAGCCAUGCAUAAGGAGAUGACCUCAGCUCUUAUCUCAGACCUCUUUGGAAAGAAGGUCAUUUCCAUGGAUCACCUCAAGAUGGGAUUUCUGAGAUUGCUAGAAAGCCUCAAUGACCUAACGUUGGACACACCAGGAGCCCCUGAGAUGAUUGGACAGUUUAUCGCACGGGCUAUUGCGGAUGACUGCCUCCCGCCACGUUUUAUUCAGGACUUCAAGGGCAAAGUUCACUCAGAUCUUAUGAGAGAAUCACUGGAUAAAGCAGAUAACUUGUUGAAUCGUAAGCAUGGACUGUGCCGACUGGAUGACGUGUGGGGAGUAGGCGGUGGACGAAGGCCAACUAAAAUUCUAAUCAAGAGGAUUGUUCUGUUAUUGAAGGAGUACUUGUCUUCAGGUGACAUUGAGGAAGCGAUUCAUUGUCUUCGGGAUCUGGAGGUGCCUCACUUUCACCAUGAGGUGGUAUAUGAAUCCACUAUCAUGGUCAUUGAGCACCUUGAAGAUCCUGGCCACACAAUUGCUAAUAAGAUGUCAAAACUUAUGAAAGUCAUGUAUGAUUCUGGGGUCAUCACUGUAGACCAAUUAAACACUGGGUUCCAGCGUGUGUAUGCUCUGAUGCCUGACUUGGUCCUAGAUGUUCCACAUGCCUACACCAACCUGGAAGCAUAUGCAGCUAUAUGCGAGAAGGAAAAUGUAUUUACAAGAAUUCUCAGGAGCCAACUUCCGAGCAGGGUUCGCAAGAGGUUUGUAUCGGAGGGAGAUGGUGGUCGUUUCAAGGAGACGUCCUAAGGUGUUACUACGAUAGAGGGCGCUGUAGAGACCAGUAGGUGGAUGCAAUUCUUUGCAUUGUCACACCAGGUCUAUACCAAGAUUUCAAUUAAUUGUAGUGGUUUUGUUCGGAAUAGAUUUCAAUUCAGUAUUCUUUUAAGAGAUAAAAAUUGUCUGUAUUAAGAUUACUUUAAGCAAUUUUAACCUUACAUUGUGCAUUAAUAUUGAGACCUGGUGAAAAUAAAUGAAUUAUGAUUUUGAAAAACAAAUUUGUGUUUGGAAGAUGUAAAUGAUACUUAGGAUAUGUGAUACAACACAUUAUUACUAGAACAGUUUUACACAUGUUAGCUUCCAUUAUCAAGAAGUGUUAUUAUUAAAUGAGUGUAAUUAUCAAAUUAUUAAUAAGUGUACCAUGGUGUUUUAAGGAUUUCAUACUUUUCGUGCCAGGUACUUAUAGUGGAAUCAUUAUCAAAAUAGGAUUAAAAAAUGUUGAUGUCUAAAAUAUGCUAAUUUUAUGAAUUGAUAUAAAAAAUUGAGAUAGUCUUAAAUGGAACAGGGGUUUUUUGGUGGCAUCUGAUUUUGUUUGCACCAUUUAAAUAUUAAGCUAACAUAUUAUAUAAGUUGCUUUGAAUUUUGGAAGUCCACUUACUGUAGCUUCCCUCAUUCAGUUAUUUGUUUUGUUAAAGGCCAAGUACCUUUUUAUUUCUGUGCCUGUAGAUUAUCCCAGGCAUUUUAUUCCCAUAGAUAGUAAGAACAAAUGUCCAUGAUAACUUCCUUUGUGCAAGUGCUUAAAGUGGGUGAACCUCAUGAUUUUGCCUAGAUAAAAACUUAUUUUCUUAUUUGCUGUGAUUUUAAUUGGUAUAUGUACAACAGAAACAUGAGGGGGUAAUAUUUAACCAACCAGAAAUCAAACAAUUUAGUUCAGUAUUCUGGAGAACUUUUUCUACAAUAGUAAAUGAACGCAAAUUCUAGUUUUGAAGUUCUAUAUUUUUGUUUUUUGUAAGAGAUGUUUGAGAACAAUAGAAAUAAAAGGAUGUUUCAUGAUAUUUUUAAGUAAAAAUAUGUAAAGAAGUUCAUUUCCUUAUUCUUAGUCUAAGCCAUUGUAAUUAUUUAGCAGGAAACUAGACAGUUUGGCAACUUGAUAAGAGAACCUUGAUUUUAAUGAUUGCUAGCGCCCUCUAUUGAAUUAAUCUAGCAACAAAUCGUUAGUGAAUUUGAAUACUUUGUUUUGUUAUUAUCCCAUGUAAAACUAUGAUAAUAUUGCACAUUAGUACAUUUAGUUUUAACCUUUGGCCUUUUGAAGAAUAUUCAAUGUAUGGAGGAUGAGUUUAAAAAGAAAACAGAAGGAAUGCUUGGACAACUACAUUAUAGAGUUUAAGGUUUGUGUACACAACAUGUAAAAAAAAAAAACUUUUGAGAAAUAACAAACAAAAAAAUUGAAA